CCCGGCCCGGCCCGGCCCGGCCCGGCGCUGCGGAUCCAGCUCGCCCGCCCGGCCCGGGAGCUCGCCUCCCCGGUGGCCGCCCACCCCUCUCCCGCCGUCGCCCCCUCCAAAUGAGCGAUUCGCCCCCUGGAUCUAACCCAAGGACCCCGGAAAGCGUCGGCGGCGGGCAGCGUCCGGCGGCGGUGACCCUCUUGGCUCCGGCCGACCCCCUGCGCCAGGCGAACCGGCUGCCCAUCAGGGUCCUGAAGAUGCUGAGCGCCCACGCCGGACACCUCCUGCACCCCGAAUACCUGCAGCCGCUCUCCUCCACGCCCGUCAGCCCCAUCGAGCUGGACGCCAAGAAGAGCCCGCUGGCGCUGCUGGCCCAGACCUGCUCGCAGAUCGGCAAGCCGGACCCGCCGCCCUCGUCCAAGCUCGGCGCGGCGGCCAACGGACUGUCCGGCGACAAGGACCCGGCCCGCCCGGCCCCGGCCGCGGCCCCGACCCCCUCGGCCUCGGCCGCCCUCAAGCAGCUCGGCGGAGACUCUCCGGCCGAGGACAAGUCCAGCUUCAAGCCCUACUCCAAGGGUCCCGGCGGCGGCGGCGGCGGCGACCCCCGGAAGGACGGCGGGCCCGGCGGCCCGGCCUCGUCCGCCUCGGCCCCGGCGGGGUCCCCGGGGGACAAGGCGGGGUUCCGGGUGCCCGGGGCGGCCUGCCCUCCCUUCCCCGCGUCCUCGUCGUCGUCGUCCGCCUCGUCGUCGUCGUCCACCUCGUCGUCUUCGUGCUCCCCCGGCGGCUCCCGGGGCGGCUCCCCGCACCACCCGGACUGCAGGACCGGCGGCGCCGAGCCGGACAAGAGGGAGGCGGAGGCCCGGGCCGGGUCGGAGUCGGGCCCCGGUGGCCGCGGAGCGGAGCCCGGCCCUCCCGGAGGAGGAGGAGGAGGAGGAGGAGGGUCCGGAGGAGCGGGGUCCGGAGGAGGAGGGGAGGCCGGUCCCGGGGCGGCCUCGGGCCGCAAGUCGGCCCCGCCGUCGUCGCUGGUGGGUCCCGGCCACGUGGCGCCGGUGUCGCCCUACAAGGCCGGCGGCCACUCGGUCUUCCCCCUGCCGCCCUCGGGCAUCGGCUACCACGGCUCCAUCGUCGGGGCCUACGCCGGCUACCCGUCCCAGUUCGUGCCGGGCCUGGACCCCGGCAAGCCGGGCCUGGUGGGCGGCCAGCUGGCCGGGGGGCUGGGCCUGCCGCCGCCGCCUCCGCCGCCGCCUCCGCCGCCGCCGCCGCCGGGCAAACCGCCCAGCUCCAGCCCGCUGACCGGCGCCUCGCCGCCCUCCUUCCUGCAGGGAUUAUGCCGGGACCCCUACUGCCUGGGCGGCUACCACGGCGCCUCGCCCCUGGGCGGCUCGGCCUGCUCCACCUGCAGCGGCCACGACCCCGGCGGGCCGGGCCUGAAGGCCGGGGCCUACCCGCUGGUCUACCCGGCGGCGGCCCACCCUCUGCAGCCGGCCGCCGCCGGGCUGUCUUCGUCGGGCGCGGCCGCCCACCCGCUCUACAGCUACGGCUUCGUGCUGCAGAACGAGCCGCUGCCGCACAGCUGCAACUGGGUGGCGGCCGGCGGGCCCUGCGACAAGCGCUUCGCCACCUCGGAGGAGCUGCUCGGACACCUACGGACCCACACGGCCCUGCCCGGCGCCGAGAAGCUGCUGGCCGCCUACCCGUCCGGGGCGGGACUGGGCACCGCCGCCGCCGCCGCCGCCGCCGCCGCUUCGUGCCAUCUGCACCUGCCCUCGCCCGCCGCCGCCGCCGCCGCUGCCGCCGCCGCCGCCGCCGCCGCCGCCGCCGCCAGUGUCCCCCCCGGCAGCCCGGGCAGCCUGUCCUUGCGGAGUCCACACACUUUGGGCCUGGGCCGCUACCACCCCUACGGCAAGACCCACUUACCCGCGGCCGGGGGCCUGGCCGUGCCCUCCCUCCCCACAGCCGGACCCUACUACUCGCCAUACGCGCUCUACGGACAGAGACUCGCCUCGGCCUCGGCCCUCGGAUACCAGUAACUACCACCUCCUCCUGCCCCGAGCCUCCCCCCACACCCACCCUCCUCCUCCUCCUCCUCCUCCUCCUCCUCCUCCUCUGCCGCCGAUCCUCCCAUCCUCGCCCUCCUGGACUGUGUAUUUAUUUACUCUAACGGUAGCUUCUAAGCUGGGAAUAUAAGUGCAUUAAC